AUGGCUCCCAUCAAGGCCUGGGUGGCCUUUGCUGCCCUUUCCCUCGUUUCUACCGUCCACGCCUGGCACGUUGAGCUGCCGCCUUGCGUCGACAACUUCCAGCCCUUUGUGAACUCUGGCUGUCACGCAAACACCGAUGGCAAGUCUCUGACGUACCGCUCAUCCACGAGCUCUCGCGAGAUGACUGUCGAGAAGUGCACUGCCGAAUGCAAGGGCAACGGAUACCGCUAUGCCGGCCUCGAGUACUACGGCGUCUGCUACUGCGGCAACACCGUCAACGGCGCCGAGCUUGCCGCCGGAGAGUGUUCCUUUCCCUGCAACGGCGACAAGAACGAGACUUGCGGCGGUGACAGGAAGCUUUCUGUGUUCGAGGACCGUACCUUCCCCGCCACUGACGCCGUGACGAUCGAGAACUAUGUCGACACGGGCUGCUGGACCGACAACUCCCAGAUCGGCAAGUCCCUCUCCUGGCCCCAGGACCAGCUCGACAAGUCCGUCAUGACCCCUAGCCUCUGCACCGAGGCCUGUCGCCAGGGCGGCUUCCCUUAUGCUGGUGUCGAGUACGGUCAGGAGUGCUGGUGUGGCGCCGUCAUGGGCAACGAGACGCGCUUCGUCGAUGCCUCGCAAUGCGGCAUAGCAUGCAAAGGCGACAAGACCAAGACCUGUGGUGGCCGCUCCCGCAUCAACAUUUUCUUCGCCAAAGAGUUCCAGUCCCUCGAGCCCUGCGGCCACCAGCCGGACCGGCCUCCGCUGUCCUCAGCCCCGGUUUCUUCUUCUGCCGAGACUACUUCGACGCUGCUCACGUCCUCGCUGACGAUCGUCUCCUCUUCGCUUCCUUUGUCGUCUCCGGCGUCGUCCACGGAGCUCGACGACUGUCGUCUCUUCUACCUCUUCCUCCUCCUCCGCCAUCACCACUUCUCUCUCCUCCUCCACUUCGUCCUCUUCUUCGUCCUCUUCUUCAUCCUCUUCUGCCUCCUCCUCUUCCUCCUCCUCUUCCUCCUCCUCUUCCUCCUCCUCCUCCUCCUCCUCCACCACUUCUUCUUCCUCCUCCUCAACCUCUUCUUCUUCUUCUUCUUCCUCCUCCUCCUCAACCUCUUCUUCUUCUUCUUCUUCCUCCUCCUCCUCCGCUUCUUCAUCCUCCUCCACAAAAGCUCCUUGCACCAGGACGACUCUCAUUUCCUCCACCACCUCGACCCAGGCACCUCCCCCGCCUACGACCACCGCGCCUCUCACAACCACCAUCACCACCAUCACCACCACAAGCACUACAUCUUCAGCAAUUUCGACUGGGACACGUGCGCCAAGGCAAAGGCUAAGUGCAGCCUCCAGGUUGCGGCUUGCCUGAACCAGGCGGGUUGGCCUGGUGCUGUUGAGUGCUUCAACUUCCAGCAGUGGUGCCAAAACAUCGACAUGUUCUGUGGCUGGAUGUGUCGGCAGGGCUGGGACAGGUCGUGUUCCAAGAAGGACUACUUGAACUUCUACAAGCCCAUCGGCGACGGCAAGCCCAUGACCUCGACCUCGACCUUCCCCUGCGCCGCCACCACUACCACGACUAUUCCUCCGGCCACAACGACUGCAGUCGUCCCCCCGCCCAAGGGAAUUUGCAUCCAACCCUCCAACUCCUGGUACGGCUACGGUCCUGGCAACCCUGUCGGCAAGAUCCCCCUCCCCGUCGUCACGUGCAACGACCUCGAGCACGAAUUCAAGGGCGGUAACCCAUUCAAGAUGUACUCAAACUCCGAUUCCAGCAAGUGCCGCUCCUACGGGCGCCCGAAUGUCCCGUCCGCUUGCGCCGACGCCUGCCGCCAGCAAUACGACAGCUGCAACGCCGUGUAUGCCAAGGGUUGCUGGAGCUUCAAGAGCUGGCGCCACCGCCGUGAAAUCGGAGCUUCUCAUGAAGUGCCCGUGUCUGCAGCGCUGGCUGACCGCUCGCCGAAUCUUGAUGCUGCCAUCGAUAAGCGCACCUUCGGCGGAUUCUUUGGCGACAGCUUCUGGGAUGCCACGAACAAGUGCAAGGCCCAAUACAAUGACUGUAUAAAUGUCAACAGGGGUGUCACCGGUGCUGGGGUGUGCUGGUCUUAUGGGCAGUGGUGGUAA